AUGCAGAUUCAUGGUCCACCUGUAUUUGAAAUAUUGCCCAAAUGGGUUUCAAAGGCCUCCUACUAUUUUGACAAAGAACAUUAUUGUUAUGCUGGCCAUCAGAUCAUCAUUCAAGAAUCCAUUGAAUGCUUUGGAGCUGUAGUAUGGCCUGCUGCUCUUGCUUUAUGUCAGUACCUGGAAUCAAAUCAAGAGGAAAUUGACUUCAAAGAAAAGAAAGUCCUUGAAAUUGGAGCUGGAACAGGUCUAGUGUCUAUUGUGGCAAGUAUAUUAGGAGCUUUUGUCACAGCUACUGACUUGCCUGAGGUACUUGUAAACUUGGAGUUCAAUAUUACUAGGAAUACACAGAAUCUAGACAUUCACAAGCCUGAAGUGAGGAAGCUCAUUUGGGGGACGAAUCUCCUUGAAGACUUUCCCAAAGCAACCCACCAUUAUGAUUUCAUUGUGGCUACCGAUGUUGUCUACCAUCACACAGCUCUAGAUUCUCUGCUGGAUACACUUCACUACUUAUGCCAGCCUGGGACAACGUUGCUUUGGGCAAAUAAAUUUAGAUUCAGCACAGAUUAUGAAUUUUUGGACUCAAUGAGCAACAUAUUCAAUAUUACCCAGCUAGCGGAAUUUCCCGAGUCAAGUAUCAAGUUGUUCAAAGGCACCAUCAAAGGGAAUUAA